UUGCUGGAGUUGCCCCAUGCUGCCUGCAGAGCGAGUAGUUGCGAGGGUUUGCCUUUCCCCUCUGCUGCCUCAGGCCUUGUGUGACCUACACCUGCCGGAAGGAGUAGAGCAGGAAGUCAGAUGCCCGCACUGGCUCUGGUGGGCAGCAGCUGGCUGCCCUGGGGCCACUCGUGGAUGCCGUGGCUGGCGGCUGAGCACAUCUCGGUCAAAAUGACAUCAAGUAAAGCCUUGGAAUUACAGCUGCAGGUGAAACAAAAUGCAGAAGAGCUACAAGACUUUGUGAGGGAUUUAGAGAACUGGGAAAAAGACAUCAGGCAGAAGGAUUUGGAACUCCAAAGGCAGAGUGGUGUUCCUGAAGAGAAUUUGCCUCCUAUUCGAAAUGGGAAUUUUAGAAGAAAGAAGAAAGUGAAAACUAAAGAAUCUUCCAAAAGAAUUAAAGAAGAAAACACAAAAAACAGGAUAAAAUCUUAUGAUUAUGAGGCAUGGGCCAAGCUGGACGUGGACAGCAUCCUCGAGGAGCUGGACAAGGAGGACAGCACCCAUGGUUCUGGGUCUCAGGAGUCUGAGUCGGAGGAAGACGGGAUUCGCGUGGACUCACAGAAGGCUCUUGCUCUGAAGGACAAGGGAAAUAAAUACUUCAAGCAAGGAAAAUAUGAUGAGGCAAUUGAAUGCUACACGAAAGGCAUGGAUGCUGACCCGUACAAUCCUGUGUUACCGACGAACAGAGCAUCAGCGCACCUCAGGCUGAAAAAGUUUGCUGUUGCUGAGUCUGAUUGUAAUUUAGCAAUUGCCUUAAAUCGAAACUACACAAAGGCGUAUGCCAGACGGGCUGCUGCUCGGGCUGCUUUGCAGAACAUGGAGGGUGCCAAAGCAGAUUAUGAGAAAGUGUUAGAAUUGGAACCAGGUCACUUUGAAGCAACAAAUGAACUGAGGAAGAUUAAUCAGACCUUUCAGUCUGAAGGGAGCUCACAGCCUGCUGGAGUCGCCAUGGAGAAGAGGCCCCCCGAGGGAGAAGGAGCAGCCACGGAAGAACGGAAGCGGCAGCAGGCCCUGGCGCAGAAGGACCUGGGGAAUAUAUUUUUCAAAGAGGGGAGAUAUGAAAAGGCUAUUGAAUGCUAUACCCAAGGAAUGGCAGCCGACAGCACCAAUGCCCUUCUCCCUGCCAACAGGGCAAUGGCUUACCUGAAGAUACGGAAAUUCCGAGAGGCUGAAGAAGACUGCACAUGCGCCAUUUCCUUAGACGGCUCGUACUCCAAAGCUUUUGCCAGAAGAGGAACAGCAAGGAACCUUUUAGGAAAGCUGAGUGAAGCCAGGCAGGAUUUUGAAACUGUUUUACUCCUGGAACCUGGAAAUAAGCAAGCGGUGACUGAACUUUCCAGAAUCAAAAAGGAAUUGAUUGAGAAAGGGCUGUGGGACGAGGUCUUCCUUGAGUCCACACAGAGGCAGAACGAGGUGAAGCCAGCUGGGAAGCCACCGCAGCCUGGAGCCUCUAAACAACUCAGGAACAUUGUUAUUGAAGAAACUGGAAAUGUAGACAGCACAGCCACUGCCGCCAUAAGUACUGAUCCUGCUGAACUAGCCAGCGCAGAAGCUGCUGCGAGCACCACACAAGAUAAUUCAAGCCAGGAGGGUACUUUGGCCAUCAGUGACAUGCCAAGAACAAAAGUGUUGAAAAUAGAAGAGACAAGUGACACCUUGCGCCUGCACCCACAGGCCAGGCUGAGGCCAGGUGGACAGCAGCCUCCCUCGGAGAAGUCGGCUGCAGAGGUGGGACCAGUGCCUCCUCACUUGGCCACGACUGCUCUCCCUCCGGUUCCUGCAAACUCUUUUCAACUUGAAUCUGAUUUCAGGAGACUGAGAAGUUGUCCAGAUGCACUGUACCAGUACUUGAAGCAAAUUGAGCCAUCCCUGUAUCCUAAGUUGUUUCAGAAGAACCUGGAACCAGAUGUGUUCAACCAGAUCAUUAGGAUUCUGCAUGAUUUCUACAUUGAGAAAGAGAAACCAUCACUCAUCUUUGAAGUCUUACAGAAACUUUCUGAAUUGAAGAGGUUUGAGAUGGCAGUGAUGUUUAUGUCAGAAGCAGAGAAAAGGACUGUGCGUGCAUUGCUCAGUCACGUGGAUGGAGCAGGGCUUGGGGGACGACCCCUUGACGACCUCAGGAAGAGGUAUGGAGGCUGAGCGUCCUGUGGUGGGCGUCACUGUGAAUUUAAUGGAUAGUUUAUGGAAAAUAAAGUGUUUUACUUUUUAAGAAAAUAAACCAAAAAGGACUGCCUUUGGAAUAAGCUGGUUAGCUAAUGUGAUUAUUGUUUAACUUGUGAUUAAUGUAUUCAGAGAAGUAUUUAAUAUAUUUUUCUGGAAAUAAAAAUGUUUGCAGUGAAGUGUAUUUUUAAGGAUU